GUAAAUCAGUCGCAAUGAAAAGCUAUCUGCUGCUGGGCAUAUUAUUAUUAUAUUAUCUGUGCAUGUUUUUGCUGAUUGAGGGACGGAGUGCUGGGAUCAAAGAGGAAAGCAACAAUCCGCGCACAAAAAUGCAACUUCUCUGCCCAACUUUUUCAAACAAUUCUCUGCAGAACAUAACCCGUCUCUAUAGAUCAAGUUUGGGUGGACGCGUACAAACGGAUCACUUGGGAAGAUCACGGAUUUACCAUCGGAGUAGAGUUCCAACUAGGCGUCGAAAUAGGCCCAAAUAUAACCCUUCUCUGCAGCAACUUGCUUGAAUAAAGAUACUUUCAUGAUCCAAA